AAGGCCACCAAACAAAAAUCCUCAAAAAAAUCAGUAAAAAAAGAAACAAAGUCAUAUUUCCCAUUAUUUUGCUCAUGGACGAAAAACCCAAUCAAACCCUAGAUCAUCGUAAAGACGAUGAAGAAGAAGAGAAAGAGGAAUCAGAAGCUGUUGAACUGAUACUCUUCCAAGUUAGCGAGUGCUACGUGUAUUUGAUACCUCCAAGGAAGAGCGCCGCUACUUACAGGGCCGAUGAAUGGAAUGUCAACAAAUGGGACUGGGAGGGUUCACUAAAGGUCGUAAGCAAGGGAGAGGAGUGCAUUAUCAGACUGGAAGACAAGACCACAGGGGAGCUAUAUGCCAGAGCAUUUCUGCGAAAUGGAGAGCCACAUCCAGUGGAGCCAGUAAUUGACAGCAGCAGGUACUUUGUCCUUCGGGUUGAAGAGAACAUUGGUGGUCGUCUGCGGCAUGCAUUCAUUGGUAUAGGUUUCCGGGAAAGACCUCAAGCUUAUGACUUCCAGGCUGCCCUCUAUGACCAUAUGAAAUAUCUAAACAAAAAGAAGACUGCUGAAGAGAUGGAAGAGCAUUAUCAGAAGGCAUCAUCGGUUGAUUAUAGUCUUAAAGAAGGAGAAACUUUGGUUCUCCAGCUAAAGAAUAAGGGAAGUCGAGGUAUAAAAUCUUCAUUCUUUGCACAAGGCCUGAACAAUCUUUCCCUUGACGAAAAAGCAAGAGUAAAAGAGGGCACUAUAUGUCUCAAGCCGCCGCCUCCUCCCCCGGGCCCAUUGUCGCCUGUUACUCCUAUCAAUCGAUCCCCGUUCAACUCACCACAAUCUACAUCAAGUACUCUGAGCAGCACGAGCAUAGAAGCAGUAUCUGAAGACUCACAAUCCCCAAUGAAGGAAACAAGCUCUCAAGAGGUAGUAGAAGAUGACUUUGGGGAUUUUCAAGCAGCUGGUUAGUUCUGUGUAUGGGAUUAUUUUGCUGAGAGCCUUGCUUCCUUCAUUGGUGUAUUUCUAGAUGUCCCCUGUUCCAGUUGAUGGUCUGUAAUUACUAUUGGUUUCUGGUUUUGUUGACAUAUGGAGGCGCUGUUCAUUUGAGACCAAUUUCUGUUCCCUUGAGUUUCAGUAUAACAAUGUAUAGAGGUUGAACCUUCGCGGUUAGACAUCUGAAUGCAUGUGAAUUACUUCAUCUAUCACUGUUACACGAUGUCAAAUAUUAUGUGAAGUUGCAUGAUUUUGCUGAGUUGUACUGGCGGAACAGAUAUAAGUAAUGCACAUUCAUCCGGUUGUCAUUA